AUGAAAGUUACGGUGGACAACGAAGUGAUUUCCUCCAUUGGAAAGGGGCUUCUUGUUCUUGCUGCUGUGGCUCCUGAAGACACAGAGAAAGAUGCCGAGAAUCUAGCAAACAAGGUGUUGAAGCUCAGGAUGUGGGAUGACGAUGCCGGCGCAAGGUGGAAGAAAACAGUCCCGGACAUUGACGGAGAAAUCCUCUGCGUGUCUCAAUUCACGCUUUUCGCCAAGAUCGUCAAGAACAAGCCGGAUUUUCGCCUCAGCGCAGGAGCCGAGGAUGCCAAGAGGCUCUAUCACCAUUUCUUGCAAAAGUUGCAGGAUAGCUACGUCGCCGACAAGGUCAAGGAUGGACGCUUCCAGGCCAUGAUGGCUGUGGCUUCCGUCAAUGAUGGACCGGUCACAUUUGAGCUCAACACAGAGUCGGUAGCUAAGCCCUGA